AUGGUGGACGGACCAUGCACACACAAGAUGGAUCGAUGGACCAAGAAUAUAGCCAGGGAUGAUACUGUUUUGCUGAUACCCAUGCAACACGUAGAAAGUUCAGUGGACGCUAUGACUGCAUUUGAGAAACCCACCCCUGGCAACCACGGGAUGUUGGCCGCCAACGGCGCUAUUCCGGGGAAAAUUAGGACUAGUUUCGAACCUGAACGAUGGAAAACUGUCAUGAGCCUAAUUUACAUUAUUGUUGCGAGUUACUGUACCACAUUUAUUGAAUCCGUUGUGCAUGACCGAAUGCCAGACGCCCAGGUACAUCCACCAUUGCCUGAUUUAAUCUUAGAUAAUGUUCCAAUAACGCCAUGGGCAGGCACAAUAUCGGAAGGAAUUGUGGUUCUUCUUGUUUGUAUGCUUAUUACCAUAGCAGUAUUACAUAAACACAGAUAUAUCGUGACUCGCCGAUUUCUUUGCAUGGUAGGUACUUUGUAUUUGCUGCGAGAUGCUACCAUCCUUGUGACGUCACUUCCGGAAUGCGGACAAGGGAUCCCAUGUAUUAAAGAGGAAGGCCGCACAAACUGGAUACGAGCGAAAAUAGCCUUCCAAACGUUCAUUAAACUUGGCAUGACGUCAACAGGUGGCAGGCUUUGUGGAGCUUACAUAUUUAGUGGACACGCUAUGAUGUUGACAGUCGUGUGUCUAUUUAUUACGGAAUAUUCGACAAAGAAGUAUUAUUCUUUACAUGUCGUCACGUGGCUCUUAGGAUUCGUGGGAAUGUUGUGUAUUCUUGCGUCACAUGGUCAUUACACUGUUGACGUCAUACUCGGAUUCUACAUUACCUACAGUAUGUUCGUGCACUACCAUGCCUUGGCAAGCAGUCCGUCACUGAGACGUCACUACAAAUGGACCAAAAUAUGGUUUCCAAUGCUAUUCUUCCUCGAGUCAAACGUUCGUGGUUUCAUCCCAAAUGAAUACGAAUGGCCUUUACCUCUUCCAAUGCGCUUUAAGCAGCUUUUCUGA